AAUUUGCAUCGAAUUUUUUGUCAUUAGUAAUUAUUACGACACCUCAAAAAGCAGCUUGAACUGAAGUUAACUUCAAUACGAACGGCCAUAUUGCCUGAUUCAAUUUAGCGCCAAUUUCCGGAAUUUAAAUUGUGGAAAUUCAAAACAAUUUUAGCUGGCAUAAUAUUGUGAAAUAGUAGUUCUAUAAUAAUAAACUAGCUUUACAGUGAAGUACUUUUAAAGUAAUAUUGUUAUUUGAUUAUUAGAAUUCUUUAGACAAAUUAAUUUGUUUUAACAAAAUAGAUUGGAGCACUACACAUAGUCAACUCAUGUACUAAGCUCUUGUAUAUCACGAAAUCUUGGAGUUCGUGUUUCUAUGUUCAUUCAAUAAUACUCUGCUGAUACAAAUGCGAAGAAAUUGUUAUUAUUGUUACGACCUGUAGAAAUAUUGUUAAGUGUUUAGUUGUUAAAUAAUUUUGGUUGUUCAAUUUUUCCAUUGAAAAAAUUAUUGUUUUUACAAUAUUAAUAUAAACUUUAUUACUCGAAAUUUUUUAUAUGAAUUAUGCAGGAAAGUGCAUUAAUACUCUCUGAAUAUGAAGACAUUAAUUCAUUAUUAUUGAAACCUAUUGCUGCUACUCAAAGAAUUAAAUAUACAUGCAUAAACGUUUCAACAAAUUACAUUGUAUUGGGUUCUACAAGUGGAAGUAUUUAUUUAUUUAUUCGAGAAUCAUGUGUUUUUCAACAAUUAAUGCCUCUUUCGGAGGGUCCUGUAACUCAUAUAUUGAUAUCACCUGACGAAAAAACUGUAGCUUUAUCAAGUAAACGAGGGAGUGUAUGUGUCGUUAGUAUAAAGCCUGUCUUUAAAUUAUUAUCAAUAUCUAAUGAACAUAUUGGAGAAAUAAUAACGUGUUUAUGUUGGAAUUCAAAAAGUUCAGAAAUUUAUGUUGGUGAUAAUAAUGGCAAAAUAUCUACAAUUAUCUUAUCUAUUUUUACUGUAAAUGGAAUGUUUCAAGCUCCAUCCUGUGCAUUGAUGCAUCUAGACUCUAGCAUUGUACAGAUGGAUUAUUACUUACAUUAUUUAUUAGUAUCGACAUUAACUCGAUGUUAUAUUUGUGAUACAACCCAUGAACAAUUCAAACAAAUCGGAAAUAAAAUACGAGAUGGUGAAUUCGGUGGAUGCUUCUUCAAAACAUCUACUGAAUUAGAUAAAAAUUCUGAAAAAGCUUCAGAUGAUGAUAAAACUCACAAUAAAAGUAUUGGUUUGAAUUCAAUUAUGGGAUUAAAUGAUGAUAUAAAUCAUGACCAAAGUUUAAAAAUAUAUUGUGCUAGACCUGGCUGUAGAUUGUGGGAAGUCAAUAUUCAUGGAACAGUUUUAAAAACCCAUCAAUUUAGAGAAGCUCUAUCUGCUACUCCAACAUCUACUUUUAAAUCAUCUAUGAUCAAAACAUUUAAUAAUACAGAAAAAAGUGAUGAAAAUUUCAGUAGCAUGCAGACAUUUAACUUUUCUCGAUUAAAUGUAAUUAGUAAAAAAUAUUUACUCUCUUAUACUACUAAUAAUUUAUAUAUUAUUGAUCCUAUAAAUACAAAUAUAAUUUUAUGGACUGAUGAGUUUUCAAAUAUUUUUAUAAUUAAUGUCAUAGAUGACAAAAUUUAUUUAAUGACAGUUUUAGGGACAUUUCAUUGUCUAUUGCUCUCUUCUAUUGAUAUAUUAAUUUUAAAAUUAUUCGAAUGUAAAUUAUAUAAUGAUUGUUUACGGGCAUGUACAAUAUUUUCAUCACAUUUGAAAAAAAUUAUAACGAAUAAUGAAGUGUUAUUAAAUAUUGAUAAAUUAAACAAAAUUGAUUGGAAUAAUACUGAAAGUAGUGAGAUUAUUAAUACACUUCAGCCAAUAAUAUCAGUGAUACAAUUAAAUAUUAAUACACCUCAACGAUUACAUUCGGGGAUUAUGCUUAUUAACUCAGGUCCUGGAAAAUUACGUACCGAAGACAGCCGUUCAUUAAAUUCAACGGCUGAAAAUUCUAUUAGCUCAAUAAAUGAUAUGAAAAACGGUAAAAAUCAUGAAAGUGAUAAUGAGUCUUCUGACUCAGAAAUAAUUUAUAAAAAUCUGAAAAAAAAUAUAAAUGACAUGACAAUGAACCAAAGAGGUAGCCAUGAAAAUGGUGUAAAACAAAUUACUCAUAGUUUAUCACAAGUUGAACUAAGUGAUUAUAAAACUGAACAAAAUUUAUUAACAAAUGAUUAUCAGAAAUACCAAGAAUCUCAAUCAAAAGAAAUUGAAACAGCUAUGUCAACUAUUCAAUCAAAUUUGGAACCUUUAUAUAUAUUAAUUGGUACUUUAAAAUCUUCUCAAACUAUAGAAGAAAUAGAAAAAAUUAUCGAUAGAGUAACAAAAACAAUAAAUGAUAUAAAUAGUAAAUAUGAAAAUAUAACUCAAUUAAAACAUUUUAUUUAUGAGAUUAUUAGAUCAUUUGAACGACAUUAUUUUUUUACUCUUCUAGAGAAUAUAUCAAUUAAUUUAGUAUCUACAAAUAUCAAUAAUUGUAUUUUAAAUGAAAUGAUGAAAGCUUUUGUAGAUCUUAAUUCAUCAAAUUAUUUAGAGUGUACUUGUGGAUAUCCACGAGCCAUUGAACAAUGUCAUGAACCAAAGUUUUUUAAAGUAGGAAAAUUUUUAAUUGAAACAUUAAUUAAAAUAGAUAAAAAUAAAUGUAUUCUUCUCUGUAAAAAUGUACCUUAUAUGUGGAGAGAAUAUUUAAUGAUUUAUAUUGACAACGAGAAUGUUUUAGAAGAUGAUAUUAUUCCUUUGUGCCUUUUAACUACAGACAAUAUUAUAUUAUCACUUUUAAUUUAUUUACUUGAUGAUAAUCAGUGGAACAUUUUUAUUGAAUACAUAAAAAAAUUGGAAAGAGGCCACUGUUUAAAUUGUAAUCGAAGAUUUGAAAUUCUAAACACAAACAAUACAGAUCUCAUCAAUUGGAGUGGUGUUACUCAUGAAAUAAUGAAAAAGCGUGGUCUUGACAAUGCCAUGACAUUUCUUCGUCGUCUAGAAAAAUCGUUACCUCAUAUAAAAUUAAAACAAGAUUUAUAUCAAUCUUUUAUAUUUACUAAGUUAUUGGGUCGUUACGGACUUGAGCAUACUGUUGAAUUCGGUGAACAUAAAUUAGACAGUAAAUAUGGUUCCAUAUGUUCUACAGAGGCACAAAAAUUACUUGUAGAAGCACUAGAAAAAGACCUUGAACGGCCAGUUAAGAAAGCCAUUUUUGGUAGUGGAGUUUUUCAUUGGGGGAUGCUUUAUAAAUUGAAAGUUUCUUAUUGUUCUUCGUGCACGCUUUCAUUACAAACUCCGGUAUUAUUAGGGAAUAAUGGUAUUUCAAUAUUCCCAUGUGGCCAUGCCUAUCAUGUUAAUUGUGUUUUACAAAAAAAAAUAACUAAAUGUUUUUUACAUUCAUAAGUUAUUGUACAAAAGCAUCCAACUCUUUGGUGAUAAAUUGUCAACGUAAAAAUAGUAUAAAUUAUACAUCAUGUUGAUUUCUAUUGAAUAUUAAUCUAUAUACAUAGUAUACAACUGUGCCAAAUUAUAUUUUUUUCGUCAAAAAUUUAUCGAAAUAAUUUGAAAUUUUAAAUAAAAAUCUUGCUGA